AUGCUGGCUCGUAAAGAAAUCUUAUCCCUCAGCUGGGACCUCGUCGCCUCAAUUUGCAAAUUCUUCUUGAUAAACUCAAAAAAAGCGUCAAAAUUUUCAUUCAGGUCGGAUUUCUUCUGGGCCCUGAACUGGAGAAUUCCGUUCAGGAUAGUGAUUUCGUCCGCCUCACUCCAUAUCCUCUGGAACGGUUGUUUCUUCUCGGGUUCAGCCUUCUUACUCUUCUUCGACUUCUUGGUGACAGCGGGCUCCGUCCCCUUAUCCUCCUCGACGGCCCUCUUCCUUCUAGAUCUGGCCGCUGAAGCGGAGGCGGCGGCCGGCGGUGGGGAAGUCUUCCGGAUCUGUUCGGGCUCAGAUCCGAUGUCCUCAGACGAGGAAUCGUCGGUUUCCUCGACGGGCUCACGGGCUUUCUUGCUGUUCUUUGACUUCUUGGUGACAGUGGGCUCCGUCCCUUUAACCUCCUCGACGGCCCUCUUUCUGGUAGAUCUGGCCCUCGACUUCUUCGACUUGGAUUUUUUUCUCGCUUUCCUGUCGGAUUCGGAUUCAGAAUCCUGGGCGGGUAUUAUGGCGGAAGGGGUUUUGGGUUGGGGUUUCGUCGCGGCGGCCGGCGGUGGGGAAGGCUCAGAUCCGAUUUCCUCAGACGAAGAAUUUUCGGUUUCCUCCUCGCCAGAAGAGAUUCCGGAGGAGACGGGCUCACGAGCUUUCGCCAUUUUACGAGCCUUGCUGUGGGAUAUCAGGAGAUUUUCUGAACCAACUGUUGAGCAGCUGAGUAAACACGAAGGGCCCAUUAAACUUUUACACUUGGAUCCUCACAAAAUCGUAACUGGUGGGCCGUACGAUUCCAAUAUAAAAGUUUGGGAGACCGAUACAGGCAAACAUUUGAAUUCAUUGAUCUCUUCUUUUGGUGAAGAUGGAAAACAAAAUUAA